GAGAAAAAGAGAGAGAGAGGGAGCAGGAGAGCACAUGCGGUCCUGGCACUUAAGCACCAGUUAGAGGCACUUUGAGCUCCACUGGUUUCCAGCAGCACUGACAGCGAGCAGUUCCCGUUUGCCAGUUCCCCAGCCGCUCCAAAGGGAUUAUGGGCUGCAUCUGAGGACCCACCUGACAGGUCAGCAGCAGACGGAGCACGCAGAUGUAGCUCAGUCCCCCUGUCUGCCCCCCCAGAACGCGUGUUUGCCCCAAGGCCCAGCUCUGAAUGUGUGCAGCAGCCAACUGUGUCCUACGGCAGCGGGGCGGCUGUGAGGGGCUGGCCGUCCCAGGAAGGCUUCAUGGGGGGGGGUCGGUGCCGCUGUUCACCCCCGGAUGCCGCCCACAGCGGAACCCCCAUGAUGCAGAGAUGGACUUGACCUGGCAGGAGCUUAUGUCCAUCACAGAGGAGCUUGAGACUCCCAGUGAACACCAGUUUGAGUCCAGCUCCUACCACCCAGCUGAGCCGGCAGUGGCCAUGGGGACAUUUGGGAUAAACCAGUCCCCGGCGGAGCCCCUCCUUCCCAGCUGCGGGCCGGGCCCCGUCACCGCCUAUGAUGGCCCCUUCCCCGAUGCCAUGCCCUCUUGCCAGUGUGUGGGGAGCAGCAUGGAGACACUGUACGAGCGCCCGGCACUCCACCUCACCACCAGGGGGCUUCCCAACCAAAAUGCUCUACAGUCACCGCUGAUGAACCUGCUGGACCACUUGAGCUUCGCUGGGGCCAGCAGUGGGCCCCCGAGGCUGGAUGACAUGGGCAGUGCACAGGUGCGGCUGGCACCAGGCCACAGGGAUACGUCCAAACUGCACAGCGCUCCCGAUGACCUCGAAUCGGACUCAGGUUUGUCGCUCGGCUCCACCCCUCCACUAGCGUCGCCGGGAAACAUGGCGACAGGUGGUACUUCCUACGUCAGAAGCGAGGUCACCCAAGGCUAUGGUGACAGGGAGCCCCCGGAGAACACGGCAGAGCACUGCAGAGUGAGGCCUGACCUCUACUACCCAAUGGAGUACCAGCAUCCUGCAAGUAGCUACCCCUACCCUCCAGCCUCCUCUUCUUAUUACCCAGUACCAGAUAACUACUCCAUGAUCCAACACCAACGGCUAGUGCAGCCCAGCUCCUUGAAACACCAAAUUCUGGCACCCGGCUUCCACGACUUGCACCUCAACGGAGCCGGUUUGUCAGGCAACCGAAGUGCUUCCUGCCGGAUCACCUACGGCAAGCAAAAAAACGCGGCCGGAGCAUCGCCGGCACCACCCAGAGGAGACAGCCCCCUGAGCAGAGACGAGCGCAGGGCCCUGGCACUCAAGAUCCCGUUCCCGCUGGAAAAGAUCAUCAAUCUGCCGGUGGACGACUUCAACGAGCUGCUGGCGCAGUACACGCUGAGCGACGCCCAACUCACGCUGGUCCGAGACAUUCGGCGGCGAGGCAAAAACAAGGUGGCGGCGCAGAACUGCCGCAAGCGCAAGCUGGAGAACAUCGUGCACCUGGAGGGGGAACUGAGCCAGCUACGGCUGCAGAGGGAGCACCUAAUCAGGGAGGGGGCGGAGUUCCAGCACAGCCUGACCCUGGCCCGGCGGCACCUCUCAGACCUUUACACCGAGGUGUUCUCUCAACUCAGAGACGAGGAGGGCCUGCCGUACUCGCUGGAACACUACUCUCUGCAGCAAGCGAACGAUGGCAGCAUCUUCCUCGUGUCGCGUAAUGCGGCAGAGGCAGGAGACUGAUCUUUGGACAUUUAAGUGAAGUUUUAUAGGUCGGGAUUUUAUAAAGAAUUUAGUAUCAUUAAAACAGUCCGACUCAAGACCAAUUCAUUGUCAUUCUGGAGGUUGCAGGGUUGUUUUAUUGCAACUGCAACUGAAAGCCUCUCAUUUGAGAUCUAGAAGUCCAGAUGCAAACAAGAACUGCCUUAGGUCUUGAAUUUACAUACCUUGGAAAUCCUAUCCUGUUUUUUUUUUUUAAACCUUUAAUACAUUUUGUAUAAAUCUUAUAUGCUUUAAUAGGCAUCUAGUUUGUUAAGCCGUUAACUGCUAAUUACUUUGCAAAAGAUCAACAGGUUCAGGUCAAAAUGUAAGAACUAGGCUGGUCCACAAAGAAAAGCACCAAGCACAGAGUCUGGUCUGAUUUUUAUUGGUAAAACAAACUUACAAAUAGGGCUGUACCAGCAGCCUAGUGUUAAAAAAAUAAAUAAUCUUCCACUUUAAGAUG